CAUGCAAUUCCCUAAAUGUAUGUAUCUAUAGACCACCCAUAGUACUCACACAAUCACUCAUUUUUCCCCCUUUCUAUCUCUUCUAUAUAAAUCCUCUUUGCUAUACCACCAACCAACGAACACUCUUCACAAUCUCACAAUGGGAGAGAAGAAGAAGGAGAAGGAGAAUGAGAAUGGAGGAGUCACCGUCGUCCUCAAAGCCGACUUCCAUUGCGACGGCUGCGCUUCUAAAGUUAUCAAGUGCAUUCGCUCUUUUGACGGCGUCGAUUCAGUGACGAUUGACGGCCAGAAGAUCACGGUUGUGGGAAAUGUAGAUCCGGCGAAGCUUCGGGAGAAGACUGAGCAGAAAACGCACAAAAAAGUGGAGCUGAUUUCGCCGCAACCGAAAAAAGACGGCGGCGAGAAGGUGAACGCCAAAGACAGCGGCGGCGAUGGCAAAAAGGAGAAGAAAAAGGAUAACAAAGACGGAGGCGAUGGUAAAAAGUCCGACCAUAAAUCCGAUGUGAAAGAGCCACCUGUGACUACGGCGGUUUUAAAACUGAAUCUUCACUGCGAUGGAUGCAUUCACAAAAUCUACAAAACCAUCACCAAAACUAAAGGCUUCAAGGAUAUGAAGAUUGACACGCAGAAAGAUCUGGUGACGGUGACCGGCUCCAUGGACAUGAAGGCGCUGGCUGAUGUGUUGCAGAAGCAGUUGAAGAGAGACGUAACUGUCGUGCCGCCGAAGAAAGAGGGCGACAAUAAAGAGAAAGGCGGUGGCGAUGGGAAAGGGAAGAGCGGCGACGAGAAUGUGCAAGGAAACAAGAUGCAGGCUCCGCCGCUAGUGUAUCCAUACCCGUUUACAUCCGGGCCGGGUCAAGCCUUUGGUGACCAAUUUAAUUACAAUCCGUAUGGGCCCCAGUUCCAUGCCCCUCAAAUUUUCAGCGACGAGAACCCCAACGCUUGCAGUGUUAUGUGAGUCGCAAAAUUUGUAAAUAAGAUUACAUUUCCAGGUCAGUUUGCUCAACUGUUUUCGGUCCAUUUAUUUAAUGCGGGGUAGUGUUUUAAAGGUCCAAAUACAGUAUAUCUAAUUUGAUUAUGUUAAACUUUGUAACCCUUUAUGUUUGUUUUGACCAAUUUUGGUAGUUAUUUAUUUAUAUAAAUCAAUUGUUUAGUUGCA